GUGGAGGACAAGUAUUUCUUUCGUGCGCUGCGGCCGUUCCCUCCUCUCCUCUUCUCCCCCUCUACUUUUCUCUUCUUCCCUUUCCCGUGUCGUCGCCUUCCCUUGCUCGUUCGCCCGCCGUUCGCGACUCUUCUUCCACGCGCACGCGCGCAGGCCACCAGGCCAACUGCUGCUCGUCAAUCCAUCCGUCGGCCCGCGAGACCGCCCGACUCCGACGAACUGAACGUCGCCGCGGAGCUCCGCCGCGCGCGCGGUCGAGGCCAUACACAACCAGCGCCCAAGAGAUCUGAGGCCGCCGCCUGCGUCAGGAGGAGGAGGAGCCAGGGCAUGUGACGGCCCCCCCUCGUCGGUGGCCAUGUGCCCGGACAUGAAUCCGCGAAGGGAGGUUGUAUCAGAGGUUUUAGAUGGUAAUAUUACCCCUCACCGCCUGCAUCAUGCUGAUCAUCUGGGACAGAAUGGGACCAGGAAUCCUUCCAAGUCUAGUAGCAAUAAUCUGUCCACAGACGACAAUUUCUUCUCUGACACUUCAUUGCACAAACAUGAAGAUGUGAGCAGUGAUCCAUCUGCCUCCUCUGUUGAUGACCGCUCGGUUAGGUCUGGUGAUGAUUCUGAUGGGGCUGAAAGUACCAAUGGUAAAAUCAACAAUACAGACCUCCCAGGUUUUGAAAAUGAUAGCAUCUGGAUACCGCCUGAAGCAGCAGAUAAGGGAGAUGAGACUGAUAGUGUUGCCGGAAACAUUGCUUAUGAUGACGACGAUGAUGAUUAUGGUGAUGGAAUAAAGUGGGGCCAGUCAAGUUUCCAAGCCACUGGCGAGGAACAUGAGGACAGCCCCAAUCCUAGGGACGAACGAGAAAAUGCAAUGCUGGGAGCUAUGAAUGGGCAGCUCAAGAUACUUGUCAGUCGGUUUCUGGCCUCUGCUGGUAUCCCCUUCGGAAAAGGAGAGAGUACUGAGAGUUGGCUUGAUAUUGUGACCUCCCUGUCAUGGGAAGCUGCACUUCUUAUUAAACCUGAUGCAAAAAUCGGAAAUGAAAUGGACCCUGGAUCUUACAUCAAGGUCAAAUGUGUAGCAUCUGGUACUCGUUGGCAAAGUGAGGUGAUAAAGGGGUUAGUCUUCAAAAAGAACACUGCUCAUAAGCACAUGCCGACCAAUUGUCACAAUCCUAGGUUGCUUCUACUGAAAGGAGUACUUGGCCAUUCUGAUGUUGGUUUAUCGUCAUUUAAUUCAAUGGAUCAGGAAAAAGGCCAACUGGAGAGGACUAUAAGUAAAGUGAUGGAAAUAUGCAGUCCCAAUGUUAUAAUGGUUGAGAAAACAGUUUCACGAGACAUACAGGAGCUUCUACUAAAAGAAGGUUGUACACUGAUUCUUGAUAUGAAGCUCAGCCGGUUGCAAAGAAUUGCACGCUGCACAGGUUCUCCCAUAAUAUCAUUUCCAGAAGUUUUGGAUCAACCGAAGCUGAAGCAGUGUGACUACUUCCAUACUGAAAAAUUCAUUGAAGAGCAUAACAUUGCUAGUGAAGGUGGGAAGAGACUAUCUAAAACAUUAAUGUUCUUGGAAGGUUUUCCCAGGCCACUGGGUUGCACGAUAUUGCUACGGGGAGCAAACACCGAAGAAUUGAAGAAAGUCAAGCAAGUCAUGCACUACACGGUCUUUGCAGCAUACCACUUGAUCCUUGAAACGUCUUUCUUUGAAGAUCAGCGGGUGUUCUUAAAUGAUAAAAAUACUUCACAAGAUACUAUGAUGGGCCCACCAGCAAUUGAUUAUGAUACUUCUGUUCUGGGUGGUGCUAUCCCUCCUUCACAUGAUGAUUCUCCAGCACUUCGAUUAUACCACGCCACUUGUAAUAUCUAUGCUGAUGGGAAGAAAGCUCUCAGUUAUACAGACGUAGAUGAUCCAAUUUUAGUCACAGACAGCUCUUUGGAUGAACUGAGAGAAGGUGCUAAUAUCCCGUAUAGCUCAACACCGCUCCUUCAUACCGGAAGGUUACCAUCACCGGUUUCAGGACCAUUACGAGAAUUUACUGGCAAGUUAUUGCAAGAGACAGCUGAUAAUCAAAUAGAAGGCAGAGUUGAAUCCAGGAACGAAAUCGUUAGUAAUGGAUUUCAUGUUGGGUCAAAGGUGGAAGAGUCUGCGGUUUCCAGUGAAAAUUUGGAUGACCCAGAAGAUAUCUUGAAACAAGAAAGGACUCAAGAUGUAACAGAAGCAAGUUCUCGUAUGUGUGACAAACAUGAGGAAUCACCCAUCGUGGCAGAAGAUGGGGAACAUCAAAGCACCACUAUCAUUAGUAAAGAGAACAUUUCUAACAAAGAUCAAGCUGAUGAUGCACUUGAUUCUCAUAGUAUACUGGUUUUGACGUCUAGCCAAUGCAUCAAAAAGCAGGUCAUAUCUGAUGACCAGAGCAGCCUGUCCCGUAUAAACUACUAUGGGAACUCUGAUGACCAGAGCCGCCUGUCCCGUAUAAACUACUACGGGAACUCUGAUGUGUCCUUAGGACGAUACUUGCAAGACAUUUUGCAGAAUAAGCAGAAACCAAGUUGUUCCUCUUGUGAGGCUCACAUAUACUCUUAUACUCAUCAAAAUGGAAAUUUGACUGUUCGAACGAAGCAUCUAGUGUCUCAACAUAGUUUACCAGGCGAAUCAGAAGGAAAAAUCUGGAUGUGGACCAGAUGCCUGAGGUGUGAACAUGAACUCGGGGUAUCUAAAUCGACCCCAAGAGUGCUAAUAUCAUCUGAAGCGCGAAAUCUCUCUUUUGGGAAAUUUCUGGAACUCAGUUUUUCAAGCCACUCUGCAGCGAGAAGGUUAUCCAUAUGUGGUCAUUUGGUGAACAGGGAUUGCCUGCGCUUUUUUGGAUUGGGCUCCACUGUUGCAAUGUUCCGUUACUCAUCGGUUCAAAUUUACACUACCUGCAAACCACAACCCACCCUCCACUUCGAAAACCCCAGCAGACAGAACUGGUUUGAAGAAGAAAGGAGACAUGUUUUUGCUAGAGGUACGGCGCUUUUCUGCGAGGUAGCAAGUUUGCUUCAACACUUGAAGAAUCAAUAUCAUGGCAUGACUACAGCCAACUUUUGCACAUUUCUACCUGUAACGGACUUUUCUGAACUCGAAGAUUUGUUAAUGAAAGACAAGGCCGAUUUUGAGGAUUCACUAGCAAAGACUACCAAUCAAAAUGGGAGACCAUCCUCAUCUGUACAUGAACUUCUUAAUAUAAAUUGGUCUUAUCAGGAUAUACUACUUGAACUUUAUGCAUGGGACCGUCGGCUCCAUGAACUUAUUAAGUGUUUAUCUGCUGGACAAGGAAAUGUUUCUAAUGGCAAGGAUCCUAUAAACACCGUUGAUAAGAUCAAUGAGGCCAGCUAUGAGAUUGACAAGCAAAUUAGCGAAUUGACGUGUGGUAGAACGAUGAAAGCUGGUGAGGCAGCUGGUACCACUGAGUGCAAAAGUAACAAAAUUUGCGUUGAACAUUAUGGAUCAAGUGAGAAUGCAGAACCCAUGCUCGAUGAUAGUCAGGGAGUUGGGAACUCUGAACUUUCUUGUAAUGGAGGUAGUAAAGAUGAAGGAUCUCUCAUUGGCACUAGUCAAGUAGAGGUUGACAGCAUGACACAAAUCCAAAAAAUGCCGCCUUCUGACGUUUCAAGGGAUAUAAAGCAACAGGGCAAUGGGAUGCUGGUGCAUCCAGUUUCCAUGGAGCAGGAGCAGCAUUCAAGCACUCUCCGGAAGUUCAGAAGUUCUGAUUGGGAUGAGAGGGAAAGAUGGAUUUGGAGUUCAUUUCAUGAGUCUCAACUGGCUUACAGGAAGAACAUUCAAAUAGGAAGUUUGGACAAAUUUGAACUUGUUAACCGUUAUUCUCCAUCUCAUCUAUCUCCCCUGUUUGAAAAACAUGAAGAGGUAGACUCUCCUCAUUUCACAGUUGGCCCGGGUGGUAAUAUUCUGUGUGUAUUGGAGCAUGAGGUUUCUAGCAUAAUAGCUCGUGCUCUUGCCAUAUCUGAGGAGCGUCGGCAGGAUACCACAGUCGUGAAUGAGGCGGAGGAUGCCAGGAGGGAGCAUACUAAAACAAUGGAGAAAUCUUAUAGCUUUCUAUCUGAAAGUUCUAUUGGCUCAUCACCAUGGUCAUCUAUAGAUUCUGAAGCAAGCAUUUCAUCUUCUAUUUCAUCAUAUUCAUCUGGCGACCUUUCUGGUUAUGAUACAUCACCUUUAUUGUCCUUGGUGCAUCCAGAAAUCCCUGUGAAUGGAAAAGUAUCUCUCAAAGGCAAAUAUUCAGUUACUAGUAUAUAUGCUAAUCAAUUCUACAUCCUUCGAAGAAAGUGCUGCCCAUCUGAGCUUGCAUAUAUUACUUCAUUAAGCCGAUGUAAGAAGUGGGAUGCUCAAGGUGGAAAGAGUAAAGCUUUAUUUGCGAAGACAUUGGAUGACAGGUUCAUUAUAAAGCAAAUCAAGAAGACAGAAUUUGAAUCCUUCAUAAAAUUUGCCCCUGAUUACUUCAAGCAUGUUUACCAUUCCUUAGACACUGGAAGCCAGACUUGCCUUGCCAAAAUAUUAGGAAUCUAUCAGGUUAAGCAAAUAAGGCAUGGCAAAGAGAUAAAGAUGGAUCUGAUGGUGAUGGAAAAUCUUAUGUUUGGGCACAACGUUUCACGGAUUUAUGAUCUUAAAGGUGCUAUGUUUUCACGACACAUCACCAACUCAAAUGACCCUGACACUGUUUACUUGGAUCAGAACUUUGUGGAGGACAUGAAUGUAUCUCCAAUCUAUAUUGGUGGAAGAACAAAACAUCUCUUGCAGCGCGCAAUCUGGAAUGACACAUCUUUUCUCACUGCGGUUAACGUUAUGGACUAUUCUCUGCUCGUCGGAGUGGACAAACAAAAGAAUGAACUUGUGUUUGGCAUUAUUGAUUAUUUGAGGCAAUAUACUUGGGACAAGCAACUGGAGACAUGGGCGAAGUCUUCUUUGGUACCAAAGAAUGUUUUACCAACUGUAAUUUCUCCCAAGGAUUACAAGAAAAGGUUUAGAAAGUUCAUGGGCAAGUACUUUCUCGCAGUUCCAGAUACUUGGAGUCCUGAUAAUUCUUCUGGGCCAUACAAAUCCUUUGGUCAUAGCAAUAACAAGUUGGCAGAAGCCCACAAUGGCGAUAACCUGCUUCAGUAUCCAAUUGAGGCUGAUGCAAGAAUCUAGUUCUGUUCAGCUGAGGCAUGUGCCUAAUUCUGUCCGGACUCCUCUGACAGUUCUUUGAAGCCUAUCCGUUUGUGGUUGUUGUUGUUGUUAUUGGCUAAGUUUCGCUUUGUAAAAUGGUGUGCAUAUGAAGGUCUCACUAUUGAUCUUUCCAGAAGUUUGCAAUUUUUAGGCAGAUUGCUGGGGCAAGUGAAGUCCACAGUACAUGUACCUAUACAAAUGAAAAUUGUGAAUUUCACAAUUAUUAUAGUGAAAUUUACAAAAUUGAUAUGAUUAUUUUUGGACCUA